CUGGACGAGGGUGGUAACGUUUCAGGAGCGGCGGGGGGAGCGGAUCCUGUGUCCCGGGCUUGGUCUUUUGAAUCGGAGAAGCAGAUUCGUUAUGGCGGUAGCGGCCGGAACUAAUUCGGUCAAGAGUCAGGAAUUGGAGAGAGAGGUCCGCCACUAGGCAGGAGCAGGCCUUCAGAAAGAUAGUAUUAAUCCUGGCUGAAGUUUCUGUCCAGUCUGAUUUUCGGUCUUCUCCUUCGGGAUAUGAAUCUGCUGCCGAAAGUCGAGAGUCCAGUGACUCGGCAGGAGAAGAUGGCGACCGUGUGGGAUGAGGCUGAGCAAGAUGGAAUCGGGGAGGAGGUGCUCAAGAUGUCCACAGAAGAGAUUAUCCAGCGCACACGGCUGCUGGACAGUGAGAUCAAGAUCAUGAAGAGUGAAGUAUUGCGAGUUACCCAUGAACUCCAAGCCAUGAAGGACAAGAUCAAAGAGAACAGUGAGAAAAUCAAAGUGAACAAGACCCUGCCGUACCUUGUGUCCAACGUUAUCGAGCUUCUAGAUGUUGAUCCCAAUGACCAAGAAGAGGAUGGUGCCAAUAUUGACCUGGAUUCCCAGAGGAAGGGUAAAUGUGCAGUGAUCAAAACCUCUACACGACAGACAUACUUCUUGCCUGUGAUUGGGUUGGUGGAUGCUGAAAAGCUAAAGCCAGGAGAUUUGGUGGGUGUGAACAAAGAUUCCUAUCUGAUCCUGGAGACCCUGCCCACAGAGUAUGACUCUCGGGUGAAGGCCAUGGAGGUGGAUGAGAGGCCCACAGAACAAUAUAGUGACAUCGGGGGCCUGGACAAGCAGAUUCAGGAGGUGAGGGAGGCACGGGCUGCUAAUAGCAUUGCCCACCUUUUGUGUUUUUCUGCUUCAUUGACCAGAGCACUUACUGCCAACAUGCCUCUUAUAGCAUUCCAGGGAGGUAAGGAGGGUGCCGUGUAACAGUUUAGGAGACUG